UUUCCUCAAAAGUCCACUGAGGAUAUAAAAUGGCUAACCGCAGCAGCAUCUAGGAGCAUUUCUGGGUCUUUUUUAGUCAGUGACACAAUGGGAUUCCGUUUGCUGCAAGUCGUUUUGCUUCUUUCUCUGCUUAUAUAUAGCUUUGCAUUGCCAUCAGCAGAUGUUUGCCUGCAGCAGCUGGAUGAGGGGCCCUGCGAUGGUGAUUCUCAGCGCUGGUAUUAUAACACUAUAACGCAGGAAUGUGAGGAAUUCCAAUACGGUGGGUGUCUCGGGAACGACAACAACUUCAGGACGUUUGAACGGUGCAAGAAAACGUGCUGGAGGAUCCCCAAAGUCCCAAGAAUCUGCAGACUGAGCAAAGAAGAGGGUGUUGGCCGGGCUUACCUGAGACGAUACUUUUUCAACAUGGCCACCAUGGAGUGCGAGCUGUUCAUCUAUGGAGGCAUAAACGGCAACGGAAAUAAUUUUGACAGCAUGGCUUCCUGCGAAGAAUACUGCAGGCCUCAGAGAAACAUUCCUCAGAUCUGCAAUCGCCCGCUGGAUAAAGGGACGUGUGUGGCCUCCAUACCGAGGUUUUACUUCGACCCGGCCUCCAGAUCCUGUGAGGAGUUCCAGUAUACAGGCUGCGGCGGGAACAGCAACAACUUCAUCUCCAGGGAAGGCUGCACACGUGUGUGUGUCCAAGGAAUGUUUAUGAAGAGCAGAAUGCAAGAACGCCGGAAAAUCAGACUGAAAAUAUCUGGUGCCAAUAGGCCAAAAUUCUAGUUAUUUCUGUGCACUACUGUAUCAUAUUGAACAAACGAUAAAUAUUUUUCUAUUUAAAUGUUUUCUUACUUGAUAUUCAUAUGCUGGUGCAAUUUACUGUAAUUUGUUAAAAAAUAAAUAAGUUUUUGAAUAACUUGCUACAAAAUGCCAACAUUUUUAAAUUUCAUUUUUAUGGAAUGUGAAACAUGACAUACAUGUGUUUAUUUUAUGUUUAACAGUUUAUUUUUUUACCAGUUAAAGAUAGCAGCUUAAAAUACUAUAGUAAAUAUCCUAUAUUAUGAGCACCCUGAGGAAUUUGGUGUGUCGGCUGGUCUUGCAUGUAGCUUGUAGUCACAUGUAUAAGAUUUGCUGUAUAAAGAGUGAGGGUUGCUGUGUACGUAUAUGUAAAUAUGGGACUAACUUUCCAGUAAAACCUGCAUUUUAAAGAA